AUGGAUUACUUCCGUUCUAAGCGCUCAAACGCCCACCAGCCUAUCCGCGAUGACCGCCCCGCGAAACGUAUAUCGACGCCAGCUGGUCAGCGCCUCUCCAUAGUACUCGAGUCCACCCACAUGCGAAGCAAACCCGCCAAGUCAGAGCCCAAGUCCAAAAUCGAAGUCACCACAACCAGCACCUACUGCAACGAUCCGACGCAUCAACACAUCGGGCCAACAGUCCAUGUGCACGAACCGCGGAAGCCUGGCUUCCUGUCCGUCAUCACGGGGGGGAGGCUGGGCGACACACCGAGAGAAAGUAUGGAGGAUCAGGGUCACAACGGGAGCAACCUCAGUGUCAGUGUAUGGAGUGAUCCGCACACACCAAGGAGCGAGAAGUUCACGCAGCUGGAAGCCGGUGAGAGUGGUAGACGAUGGGGUUGGAAAAAGUUGGCUGUCGUUGGUGCUAUGAUUGUCGCGCUUAUUGUAGCACUUGCAGUCGGCCUGGCAGUGGGUUUGAAGAAGAAUUCGCCGAGCAACUCAUCUUCGACGCCUACCACAAGUGGCGACUCCCAACCAGUGGGCACAGGCACGGGCACAAGCCCUGAGACAGAUACGCCGACCGCACCGACUUCCACACUCACGCCAUCCGCUGUUCCAUCGAACUUCCCCGUUGGAGCCUUUUCGCUCGUUACCUUCCUCGAUACCAUCGCGACAGGGUGCACUAGCAACAACGCAACAUGGACGUGCGCGCCAUAUACAGAUUACUAUUCGGACCCUCAAAAGGCUCUUGCUGUCAUCAACUGGGAGAUCACCGGCUCUCCAGGCUCAUACAAAAUCUCAUCGAAGGACACCUCCGACCUUUACAUGACUUUCCAGAAUGCGCCACUGGACUUGCUUGAUGAAGGUAAGAGCACAGAACGGUAUCGCUUUCAAAUUAGUCGGACGAAAUCGGUCAACAUGACCGGAACCAUUGGAGGCUUGAGAGGCAACUUCGAGUGCGACUACGGUGCGACCAAUCUUCAGGCUUACCUUUACACGAAGAUGCAGAGGACUUACCCUGAUGAUACGAUCAAUGUAUCCAAUACUCCCAACACUGUUUGGCCAUAUGCUGUACGUGUCGAGCAAGCAGUGGGUGGUGGCGAAAAUGUGCCCUCGUGCACAAAAUCAUCCGGCGAGAUGGUCACCAAUGGUAUCAAAGCACAAGAUGCGGGUAACCUAUGUUCGUGUUUAUACAAGAACUGGACACCCGAGAGGGCGUCAUGA